AUCAGCAAAAAACCACAGUGAUUGAAAACGGUGAAAUCAGAUUCAAUGGAAAAGGGAAAAAGAUUCGGAAGCCUCGAACCAUUUACUCUAGUCUACAACUCCAGGCUUUAAAUCAUCGCUUUCAGCAGACUCAGUACCUGGCACUUCCAGAGAGAGCUGAACUGGCAGCUUCAUUAGGACUUACCCAGACACAGGUGAAGAUCUGGUUUCAGAACAAGCGCUCCAAGUUCAAGAAGCUGCUGAAGCAGGGGAGCAACCCCCACGAGAGCGACCCUCUGCCCGGCUCCGCUGCCCUCUCCCCUCGCUCUCCGGCUCUGCCUCCGGUCUGGGACGUUUCAGCCUCUGCCAAGGGAGUCAAUAUGCCUCCCAACAGCUACAUGCCUGGCUAUUCUCACUGGUAUUCUUCUCCACAUCAAGACACAAUGCAGAGACCACAAAUGAUGUGAAUUGUCCAAGA